AUGACUAAACUCCCCCAAACAUCUUCUCUCCACACCCAUCUCUGCUUCCUUCUCUUCCUCCUCCUCCUCCUCAUCAGUCUCCCUGGAGAGUUCCCAAAAGCUCUCUACAACUGCUCAAAGCUACAGUACUUGAACCUCUCUCAAAACUCAUUUGUUGGCAAGAUUCCUGAUGAUAUCGACAGCUUGCCUCGGCUUCAAUACCUUGAGCUUGCCGGUAACUACUUUUCUGGUGACAUACCCGCGGCUAUUGGGCGGUUACAAGAGCUCAGGAACCUGCAGCUGCAUAUGAACAGCUUUAAUGGUUCCGUGCCACCAGAAAUAGGUAACUUGUCCAAUCUUAAACACCUAAAUCUCUCUUACAAUACAAAUCUUGUGCCAUGGAAUCUGCCUUCCAAUUUCACCAAGUUGAAAAACUUGAAGAAUUUAUAUAUACGCCAGUCGAAUUUGACUGGAGAACUCCCCGGAACACUUGGAGAAAUGGCAGCACUGGAAGAAUUGGAUUUGGCAUACAACAGUUUAAAUGGGACAAUCCCAAGUGGUUUGUUUCUGUUGAAGAAUUUGAGUAUAAUCUAUCUCUUCAGGAACAGCCUGUCUGGGGAUGUACCUCAAGUGGUUGAAGCAUUGAACUUGAGUAUUAUUGAUAUUUCUGAAAACGAUUUAACAGGGCCAAUACCAGAAGAUUAUGGAAACCUCACCAAGUUAACAGAGUUAGCUUUGUUUUUAAAUGGUUUUUCUGGUGCGGUUCCAGCAAGCAUUGGCCGUCUACCAAAUCUCAAACAGUUCAGAGUGUUCAUCAAUAAUUUGUCUGGAACAUUGCCUCCAGACUUUGUAAGGUAUUCAGAGCUUGAAGGGUUUGAGGUUUCGGGGAAUAGGCUCACUGGCAAACUGCCAGACCAUUUGUGCAAUUGGGGUAAGCUGUCAACACUUGUAGCUUAUGAGAACAAUCUCACUGGGGAGUUACCAAGCUCUCUUGGAAAUUGCACUGGUUUAACAGAAGUGAAGGUUUCUGAUAAUGGAUUGUCUGGGAACAUUCCUAGUGGCAUGUGGACAGCACCAAACUUGGGUCAGGUGCUGAUGAGCAACAACUCUCUUACCUGUGAGCUUCCUGAGAAAAUAUCUUGGAGUCUUACACGGCUGGAAAUCAGAGAUAACAGAUUUUCAGGUUACAUUCCAACCGGGGUGUCAUCCUGGAACUUGAAGGGAUCUUCCUAGCUUAAUCACUCUUUCUCUUGAUCAGAAUCAGCUUACUGGCUUCCUUCCAUCAGAGAUUAUAUCAUGGAAAUCACUCAACACUCUUAAUUUCAGUCGAAAUCAACUCUCUGGACCAAUUCCAGAGAAACUUGGUCUUCUACCAGUCCUUACUGAACUGGACCUUUCAGAAAAUCAAAUUUCUGGCCAAAUUCCAGCUCUGCUUGGGCUUCUGAAGCUCAACCAUUUCAAUCUCUCUUCCAAUCACCUAUCUGGGAAGAUCCCAAUUGAAUUUGAAAAUCCUGCUUAUGACGGAAGCUUCUUGGACAAUCAAGGUCUCUGUGCAACUAGCCCAUCAGCAAAACUCAGCAUAUGCAAUUCUCAACGUCGGAAGAGCCAAAUUUCAUGUACAUAUCAUACAUUGAUCUUAACUUUCGGCAUACUUUUGUCCUUGUUGGCCUUGUCAUUGUUGGCUUUGUUC